GGCGCGGGCCGGGGGCACUGCGGUGCACCGCGCCCGGCCUCGCUCUCCACUCCUCCCCGCCGCGGGCCCCCGCACUCCGCUGAGGUCGGCCCCGGGGCACCGAGAGGCGUGGCCGGCCCGCGCGGACCCUGGUGGCGGCCAUGGCCUCGGUGGUGGAGUACAAGGGACUCAAGGCCGGCUACCAUUGCGGAUACUGCGACUCAGAAGAAGGCAAGGUGUCCCACGGUAUGUGGGCACAUUCCAUGACAGUGCAGGAUUAUCAGGAUCUUAUAGACCGAGGAUGGCGAAGAAGCGGGAAAUAUGUGUACAAACCUGUCAUGAAUCAAACAUGUUGUCCUCAAUACACAAUAAGGUGCCGAUCAUUACAGUUCCAGCCAUCAAAAUCUCACAAGAAGGUUUUGAAAAAAAUGUUGAAAUUUCUGGCUAAAGGGGAAAUCUCCAAAGGAAAUUGUGAGGAUGAGCCUAUGGAGCCCACCAUGGAGGACGUCGUUGCUGGGGAUGUUGCGUUAAUAAAUAAAUUGGAUAUACAGUGUGACCUCAGAACGCUCCAAGAGAGCUUAGAGAGUGAAGAGAAGAAGAAAGGAAGAAGUGCAAAGAAAGCAGAAUCUAAUGAGUUAAUUCAGUCACAACAUCCAGAAGAGAAAUUGGGCUCUGGUGAACCAUCACAUUCCGUUGAAGUGCAUACAGUUCCUAAGCCAGGCAAAGGGGCAGAUUUGAGUAAGCCUCCAUGUCGAAAAGCAAAGGAAAUUCGGAAAGAAAGGAAAAGGUUAAAACUCAUGCAGCAGAACCCAGCUGGAGAACUUGAGGGUUUCCAGGCUCAUCGAGAACCUUUGUUCCCACCAAAGGCUAAAUCCAACCAGCCCAAAUCACUUGAAGAUUUAAUUUUUGAAUCUUUACCAGAGAAUGCAUCACACAAGUUAGAGGUGAGGGUGGUGAGAUCAUCUCCACCAAGUUCUCAGUUCAAAGCCACAAUGCUGGAGUCGUACCAGGUCUAUAAACGUUACCAGAUGGUUAUUCACAAGCACCCACCUGAUAAGCCAACUGUAAGCCAGGUGAGGUUAGUACCUGUCUCCUUUGAGGACCCAGAAUUCAAGUCGUCCUUCAGCCAGUCAUUUUCUUUAUAUGUCAAGUAUCAAAUGGCCAUACACCAGGAUCCGCCUGAUGAAUGUGGGAAGACUGAGUUCACAAGAUUCCUUUGCAGUUCACCUUUGGAGGCAGAGAAUCCCCCUAAUGGCCCAGAUUGUGGUUAUGGCUCCUUUCACCAGCAGUAUUGGCUCGAUGGAAAGAUCAUAGCUGUGGGGGUGAUUGACAUUCUUCCUCACUGUGUAUCAUCUGUAUAUUUCUACUACGAUCCAGAUUAUUCGUUUCUGUCUUUGGGUGUCUACUCUGCACUACGAGAAAUUACUUUCACUAGGCAACUUCAUGAAAAAACACCUCAACUCAGCUAUUAUUAUAUGGGUUUCUACAUUCAUUCAUGUCCCAAGAUGAAAUAUAAGGGUCAUUACAGGCCUUCUGAUUUGUUGUGUCCUGAGACGUACGUGUGGGUACCCAUCGAGCAGUGCCUGUCCUCACUUGAGAACUCCAAGUACUGCCGUUUCAACCAGGACCCAGAAGCAGUGGACGAAGGUCGCAGUAAGGAACCUGAUCGACUGCAAGUGUUUCACAAGAAAGCCAUAAUGCCUUACGGUGUUUAUAAGAAACAGCAGAAGGACCCGAGCGAGGAGGCUAUCGUGCUGCAGUACGCGAGCCUGGUGGGGCAGGCGUGCUCCGAGCGGAUGCUUCUGUUCCGGAACUGAAGCGCCCGUGCCCUCCCUCCCUGCCGGGCACUGCCUCCUGCCGCCGCUCCAGACGGUUCCUCUGGGGAAGCCCCAUAACCACCCACAAAUCUAUUAUUUUUUAUUUCGACUAUUAUAUGGCCUUUCUAAAAUACUUUGUGGCAGUCUCAUGGUUUAUGUAAAGAUUUUAAACGUAUUAUUACCUAGCCUCAUACUCGUGAGGGGUGGGGGAUUAUCAUUUUGGAACUUUGUUUUAUGAAUAAGAUAUGGGAAACUUCUCUUGUUAAUAUUUUGGAAAGUAAAAUUAGUAAGUGAAUCUUAAGUAAUUUAAAUGACAGUUGUGCUUGUUUGUUGCUGGAGAAAUCAGGACAGACUGUUUUCCUCAGAUCCAUGUAAAACACUAGUUUGUGCUAAAAACCUUAAGUGUGGGCAAGAAGUUGGGAAGUUUGUUACAGCACAUGGAAAAUGUCUUCUCCAGAGAACAGAACUAUGCCAUCACUCAGUGUUCAAUUCUAAGUUACUGCCGAAUGUCGUUAUGUAGUGUAAUAAUAGAGAACUCAGAACAAGAAAAUGCAAACAUUAAAAAAGCAUGUCAUGUUGACAUCAGUCUGUUUACCCAGGACCAUCCUGUUCACGUCUGCUGUCUCGCCAUGAUAUCUUUCCUAGAGUAAUGAUUACAAGUGCUCCGUUUUACUCUCCAAGUAUCCCAAUUUAGACCAUAUAAUAUGUUUGCCCUAAUUACAUAUUACAUUAUUUGCUCUAUUUCUAAAAACCUAAGAAAUGAGUUAUUUAAGAAAAAUGUUGGCUCCUGUCUUCACCUAUGGCUCGUCAGAAGUAAAGUACACUAAGUUUCAUUCCUUAGAAGCCAGGACACUUGUCUUUGGUUAUUGGUUAAAAAUUAGUUAAUAUCUGACCACUUUUAUAGCUGUACUACAAGUCACAUGUAAUUAAGUAGGAAUCAUAUUGACCUCUUUUCCAGAGUAAGAGACAAAACGCUCCAUUUUGCCCUUUGAUUGGCUGUCACAGA